AUGACGAGUGAGGAUGCAAAGGUGAUCCCUGUCCGGGUUGCCUUGCGUUGUCGACCUCUGGUGCCCAAAGAAAUCAAUGAAGGAUGUCAGUGCUGCCUCACCUUUGUGCCUGGAGUGUCCCAGGUAAUUGUUGGAACUGAAAAGGCGUUCACCUAUGAUUAUGUAUUUGACUCAACUGUCGAACAAGAAGAGGUAUUCAAAUCUGCAGUGUCCUCGUUAUUGUCUGGCCUUUUCAAAGGCUACCAUGCCACUGUGCUCGCCUAUGGGCAAACUGGAUCAGGGAAGACGUACUCCAUGGGAGGCACAUACACUGCAGCUCAAGAGUGUGACCCUUCUGUUGGAGUAAUACCUCGUGUUAUUAGAAGGAUAUUUGAAGAAAAAGAGAAUGUCACAGAGUGUGAAUUUGGCCUUGUCGUGUCCUACCUCGAGAUCUAUAACGAAGACAUUCUUGAUUUGCUUUCUACAAGUAAAGAGAAAUCAGUUGUCAGCAUUCGGGAAGACCCCAAAGAGGGCAUCAAGCUGGUAGGCUUAACUGAAAGGCAGGUGAUCUCUGCUCAGGAGAUGGUCAGCUGCCUGGAGCAGGGGAACUCUGCUCGUACAGUGGGCUCUACCGCCAUGAAUGCUGCUUCUUCACGCUCUCAUGCCAUUUUCACAAUCACACUGGAGCAACGCCGGGGGAAAGAUAAGUCUGAUUCUGUAGUCUCGAAGUUGCACCUUGUGGACUUGGCAGGUUCUGAAAGGCAAAAAAAAACCAAAGCCGAGGGAGACCGCUUGAAGGAAGGAAUCAGCAUCAACAAAGGUCUUUUGUCAUUGGGAAAUGUUAUCAGUGCUCUGGGGGAUGAAAGCAAGAAAAAUACCUUUGUUCCCUACAGGGACUCGAAGCUCACCCGCUUGCUGCAAGAUUCUUUGGGAGGAAACAGCCACACACUCAUGAUUGCUUGCAUCAGCCCAGCUGACUCAAACAUGGAAGAAACUAUUAAUACACUGCGUUAUGCUGACAGAGCUCGCAAAAUCAAAAAUAAACCCAUCAUCAACGUUGACCCCAGAGCAGCUGAGCUAAACAAACUCAAGCAGCAGGUUCAAGAACUGCAGGUGAUGCUCCUUCAUGCCCGGGGAGGAGUAGAACCAGUGUUGUCUGGGGUGGAGUCAACAGAGAAAGUGACAAAGCUCUUGGAAAGAAAUCGCGCUCUCCAGGAUGAAAACAACAAGUUGAGCCGCGAGCUGAGUGAGGCGGCCGGACAAACUGCCUUCAUGUUUGAGAAGAUAAUUGUGACAGAACAAACCAAUGAGAAACUGUUGAGCAAACUGGAACAGCUACGUCAACAUGAAGCAUGUGCUAUAGACCUUGAGAAGCUGUUGGUAAGCCUUGAAGACCAAGAGCUGAAGGAGAAUCUUGAAAUCAUGAAAAAUCUACAAGAACUUGUGUUGGAACUAAAGAAUGAAAGUGAAGAAAUGGCUGCUACUAUUGACGCAAUGGGCACAGAGGACAAGCAAGAGACAUGUGCAAAUGGGAGCCAGAACUCGUCCGCUGAUGCUACAGCCUCUUCGGGUAAGGACUCCCCAGAAGCUUUCACCGCCCAUCAUGCACUCCGCCAGGCACAGCUCUCAAAGGAACUCAUCGAACUUAACAAAGUGUUGAGUUUAAAAGAAGCGUAUAUGAAGAAAAUGUGCCAGAAUGACAGCCAGCUGGAGCCAAUGCAGUCGGAGCACCAGAAAAGUGUACAAGUACUCCAGACGGCUGUGAACGCUCUGCAAAAGGAGAAGGAAGAUCUUGUUUUGGCUCUACAGUCUGCAAAGAAAGACACAAAUCAGGCCAAACUUAGUGAACAGCGCAGAAAGAGGCUGCAGGAGUUGGAGGGGAAUCUUGGAGAGAUGAAGAAAAAGCUUCUUGAACAAUCAAAGCUUCUAAAACUUAAAGAAUCCUCCGUCCAGAAAGUUGGUAAACUCACGCAGGAGAUCCAGGCAAUGAAGGGUCAGCGCACACAGCUAAUGAGACAAAUGAGGGACGACUCUGAGAAAUUCAGGAUUUGGAAGAGCAAAAAGGACAGAGAAGUUAUUCAGCUUAAAGAAAAAGAUCGUAAGCGGCAGUACGAGCUGCUGAAACUUGAAAGGGAUUAUCAGAAACAAGCAAAUAUCCUACGUCGCAAAACAGAAGAGGCCGCAGCUGCAAACAAGCGUUUAAAAGAUGCUCUCAUGAAAAGAAGUGAGGCGGUCGACAAACGAAAUAAUGUGCAGAGCAAAGGAAUGGAGAGUGCUGCUGCCAGAGUGAAGGCCUGGCUUUGCAAUGAAGUGGAGGUAAUGGUGAGCACAGAGGAGGCGCGGCGACACUUGAAAGAUCUCCUGGAGGACCGGAAGGGCUUGGCUCAGGACAUAAGCCACCUCAAAGAACAGAUCGAAGCUGGAGAGCGACCACCCACAAAAAUUAGGCGUCGAACCAUGAUCAUCUCUGAGCUGGAGGCGCAGGGCUCCAUGGAAACGCCUUUAAGCAAACAAGUAGAAAACUUGGAGACUGAGAUGAGCCUCAGAAAUGCACAGAUUGCUGAUUUGCAACAGAAAGUUCUGGCUGCUGACAGUGAUCGGCGCUGGAAACAACGUGUUGAUGGGAUCACAAGCAUUGUAGAAGCAAAGUGCGCCCUCAGGGUCCUUAUGUCUGAGUUGGUCAGCGCUAAAACUGCUUGUGCAAAGCUGGAGAGUGAUCUAAAACAAGAGAAUGCAAAUUCCCAGGACCUUAGAAAGAUGCUGGCUGAGGAGAGAAAUGUGAUGUCUACUAUGGACAUGGAGCACCAACAGCAGUUGGUCGAAAUGGAGGAGCAACAUCAGGAGAAGGUCCAUUAUUUACUUGCACAACGUCAAAACAAAUCUAUAUCCGUUGAACCUGAAGAACCAGUGUCCCAAAAUGAAAGUUCAAGGGAAAAGGAGCUUCUGGAGCGCCUUCAGAUGCAGGAAGAGGAGAUCACCAGGCUACGCCAAUUAAAUGAGCAGAAUGAAGUAUUCAAGCGGAAAUUUGGAAAGAUUCUUGCACCUGCAGCCCUAAAUGAACAAAAUGUAGAUGACUCCUUUGAGUAUGUUCCUCCGAAGCCUAAAGCAAAGCGCUCAACCGCAGCACCAGUCAAUACCACCAUCAUUGUGGAGGAGCUGAUGCCUUCUAGUGAGGAAGAGGAGCUCUCUGAGGAAGAAUCCGAGGAGUGGCGUCCAAAAGUGGUUGAAAAGAGGCGUAUAAGCACCAAAAAACCAAAGUCCACUGGGUGCUCCUGCAAAGGUCGCUGCAGUAACAAGCUGUGCAGGUGCCGUAAAGGACUGAUGACGUGUGGAGAGAACUGCCAGUGUGAUCACGAGAAGUGCCGCAACAUAGAUACUGGACCCUCCACUAAAGAUUCCAGUCAGAAUGUGUCUAAGGAAAGCGCCGUGUCUCCUCAAGAAUCCAGGAGCGGCAGCCCUGACAGGACCUUCUUCAAACCUCCUACCUGCACACCCACCAAGAAGGUGCUCAGAGAAAUAGGAGAAAUGGGGCACGGCACAGAAGACCACCAUGACACCAUGAUGCCACAAGGCGAGGACGAGGAAGAGGACGAGCGCACAACCGUGAGCUUCCUCAAGAAAAAGAAGCGCCUUCUGACUAGCUUCCAGAACAGUUUCUUCUCCGGCUGCACUCCCAUAAGGGAAGAAUCGUAA